UGGAUCCAAAGCGCGUGACUCGCGUAAUCAUAUGACCAAUACCAACAGCCCAGGGUGAUAUGGAGACAGAAUUUUAAGGUAUAAACGUAAACAAAGGCUAAAACAGCAACAGUAAUCGUUUUGUGAUUUUGCAAGACAUGUGACUAUUGGGCAUUUUGCGACGUAUUUUCCAUACUUCAAAGAAAUGUGACAUUUUCCGGAGAUUUGUCCGGUUCAGUGCUAAUGUAGGGGAUAUGGUGUCAACAAUGUCCUUUUGUGAUUCCCUGUAAUCGCCUUUCAUUUGUUGAGUUGAUUGUUUACCUUGAUCAAGAUGAAUGCUUUGGUAGCUCUUUGUCAUUUCUGUGAGCUCCAUGGCCCCCGUACCCUGUUCUGCACUGAGGCUCUCCAUCCACCGUCCCCUACUCCCUCCCAGGCUGGCGUCCCAAUACACGGGGACAGGGAGUCAGACAGAGAGGGGGAGGGACUUACCAUGAGGGCUAACAGCUCUGCUACACAGAGGGGAGACAUGUGCGAGGGCUGUCGGUCUCUCCCAGCUUCUCACCCAGGCUUUGUCAGUGUGGACAGUGAGACAGGCAUCCGAUUUCUUAGCCAUCAACACCCCAGAGAACCCCAGCUUUUUAGUGUGGUACGCCAGGCAUGCGUUCGCAGCCUAAGUUGUGAGGUGUGUCCAGGCCGUGAGGGUCCCAUCUUCUUUGGAGAUGAGCAGCAUGGUUUUGUGUUCUCUCACACAUUUUUCAUCAAGGACAGCCUGGCUAGAGGCUUUCAACGCUGGUACAGUAUUGUCAUGGUAGCCAUGGACAGGAUCUACCUAAUAAACUCCUGGCCCUUCCUGCUGCGCCACCUCAGACUCACCAUACAGAGUCUACAGAGCACAGCACUGAAGGUGUUUGACAGUGAGCAGUGUGUGUGUCCUCAGCGGGCGGUUAGGAUGAACAGUGCUUUCUCUCCUGCUGUCUUCCCCCACCAGAGGAGUGGGAAUGCGGCCCGCUCCCUACCCUCACUAACCCAGCACACGAACCUCUGGGCCAGCCUACACUCGUCCUUCAGCUGGUUACUGAAGGCCUGUGGUAGUCGUCUGACAGAGAAGCUGCUGGAAGGAGCUCCCACCGAGGACACCCUGGUGCUCAUAGAGAGACAAACAGAGCAAGAGGAGGAAAUAAGUUGUUGGGAAGGAGCAGAAGGAGGCGUUUCCUCACCCCAGUCCCAUCAGACGGAGAGCGAUCUUUACAGCGGCUUCCUGUUUGCUGAGGAGAAAGCGGGUGGCCAUCCUGGUCCUAAGUUCAGAUCCCUUAGACAUUUAAGACAGGUGCUCGGGACCACUGAUUUCCGCCAGCUUGCGUGGCACGUGCUAAUGGGAAAUCAAGUAAUUUUAAGAGGGGCGGACCCAGGACUUAUCCAGUCAGCAUUCAGGAUGCUGAAGGCCUUGCUUCCAGUGGGCUGUGUCCGUUCUGUGCCGUACAGCACCCAGUAUGAGGAAGCAUAUCGAUGUAACUUCCUGGGCCUCAGACCUGAUGUGCCGAUCCCCACACACGUCAGUUCCUCAGAGUUCUCAGUGUUGGUGGAUGUGGUCAAUGUAGAGAGGGGCUCUCUGUACUCUGCUGCUUGUGAUGAAGACAUUCUCUCAUUCUACCAGUUCAACAUCAGCAGUGCUAACUCACAGCCCACUGACAAAGGUCCCACGUUAUUGAAUAAGAUUGAGGUGGCGUUGUCCAACGAGAACUUGUCGGUGGAUGUGGUCUCUCACUGUCUGCUGUGUCUGAAGGAGGAGUGGAUGAAUAAAGUGAAAGUGCUGUUUAAGUUCUCCAAGGUGGAUGGGCGUGGUAGGGAGGACACCCAGAAAGUGUUGGCCCUGCUUGGGGCCACCGGACCUGGGGAAGAGGACAAUGUCAGGCUGCUUAAGUUCUGGAUGACAGGACUCAGCAAGACAUACAAGAGCCAUCUGAUGAUGGCUGUCAGAGGAGGAGAGCGCUCCCUGAGCCAAUGAGAGCGUGGGGGGAGGAGAGGAUGAGGUAGAUAUACUGGGAGAAAUAACUUGAUUCAAAUGUGCUGCAUUUGGACAGUUAGGAAAGGAAAGAAAAUCAGUCUGAAUGAGUGAGGACAGAGACUGACUGAGGGAUGUUUGAGUUGAGGUAAUGAUUUGACGUAUCCCAUCUUUGCAAUAGGGAACAAAAAGCCAUCCAUGGAUUGGUUUUACAUUGAUAAUGUAUUUACAUCGGAAUAACUUAUUAGGUUUUAAUAAUGUAUCUGGGAUUUUAUUUGUCAAAAGGAAAAUCCAUCGUAACUGUGUCUUAACUUUUUGUGAAAGUGUCAACAUUUUGAAAACACCAUUUUACAAAGAGAUUCCACUAAAACAACUGCUUGAGCCUAAACCGCAAUAUUGGGAUGGCAUCCAACUUAUUUGGUUUAAACUAUAUGACACAGCCACAAAGUGAAUUGGCUAUGUUGUAAAAGUGUUUGAAAACGUUGGCUUAUAGUGACUAGCAGUUUUUUCAUGCACUUGCACUGUGUUGUGGAGAAUUAAUAAAUCAAAGAAGGGAGAGAAAGGUGGAGGUGAAAACUGAUUAACUUUGCCAGUAUACACUGCAUGCUUUUUCUACAAUGAGUGGCUGUCUGCCAAAAAGCCUCAAGUGGUGUAAGACAAUGCUGCUGGGUCUUUGGGGGUCACAGAACAUAAAACCCCUCGGCUAUA